AUAAAUUCACAUGUUACGUAUUGUGUUUAAAUAAUAGGUGGAUCGUGCGGAGAAGAAGGAGGGCCAGGGAGUGGGAGAUCCGGCAGCAUCUUCGGCUGGUUGCAGCGGUGCUUCCGGUUCGAGGAUGGGCCCAGGGCCCGAUUCCGGUAGCAGUGCUCCUUCUUCGGUUCCCCAAUCUCUGGCUACGUCACGUGACGAGGAAGACGACGAGGAUAAGGAGAGUAGUGGUAGCCGAACAAAUAAUAGUCACGUCGGAUCGCGAUCAUUGGGAUUCUUCGAACGAGAUCUGUCAGCCAAUGAACGUGUUGGAUCCUUCGAGAAAGAGAUAACGAGCCUACGUGGUACAUCAACGACCUCGGAAUCUUUGGACAGCACUGGCCUCGAUACGGAAAUACCAGCUGCUGCUAGAAGACCCCGUAGUACGAGGGGUUCACAAAAGUGGAGUAACGUACGCGCCGUCAUGGCGUUAUAUUCUUCCCUCCGCAAAAUCAAGAGAACUAAAAGCAAUCAACGUUGGAUGAAAUUACGUACGACCGUACAAUUGUCAUCGGCGAUAUCAACGAUACAAAAGAAGCCACCGUUGAAACGUGAAGAUUCAUUUUUAAAAAGAUUUUCGACCCGUCAAAUACCGGAAAGUCAAGAAACCGUGGACACGGGUGAAGGUGAGGGUGACGCGAACGACGAAAAGGAUUCAAGCGGACGACGAAGAAGACGUGCAAGAAGGACGCAAAAAGCACCAAGAACUGUUGUCAAUCCUGACGAAAAUUUUUAUUACUAUUGGUUAAUGUUAUUGUCAUCCUGUGUCCUAUACAAUCUUUGGACAUUGAUAGUAAGACAAAGUUUACCGGAAUUGCAAGCAUUGGCACCUGCCGCCUGGCUUGCCUGUGACGGAUUCACCGAUUUGGUAUUUUUCUUAGACGUAGCCGUACAAUUUCGUACGGGUUAUCUCGAGCAAGGGCUGAUGGUUUACAACAGUAAAAAAUUGGCCGGACAUUAUUUGAAAUCGAAAUGUUUCAUAUUAGAUUUGUUAGCACUGUUACCCCUCGAUUUGUUACAAUUCAAUCUUGGUAGUAAUCCAAUGCUAAGGUUUCCAAGGUUCCUCAAGAUCUAUCGUGUUUAUAAUUAUUAUUACAUGGUAGAAUCCCGUACGGUUUAUCCUAAUUUAUGGCGUGUACUCAAUCUCAUCCAUAUAUUAUUAAUACUCGCACAUUGGUUCGGCUGUUUCUACUAUCUCCUAAGCGAAGCCGAAGGAUUCCAAGGUGAUUGGGUCUAUCCGUACAGGCCCGGUGAAUAUGCGACCUUGACCAGGAAAUACCUUGGAUCACUCUACUGGUCUACCCUUACUCUGACGACGAUCGGCGACCUACCCACCCCGGAAACCAACGCCGAAGUCUUUACGGGCGGCAAUCCCCGGAGCCUCGCUCGUCGCGGCCGACUGUCCCGGCUACUGCAGUUCAAGCAUAACGGAGGGUAUGUCUUCACGAUAGUCAGCUACCUGAUCGGAGUCUUCAUAUUCGCAACGAUCGUCGGACAGGUUGGAAACGUGAUCACCAACAGGAACGCUAAUCGUUUGGAGUUCGAGAGACUGCUUGACGGCGCGAAAACUUAUAUGAGACAUCACAAAGUACCUGGGGGAAUGAAAAGGAGGGUUCUAAGGUGGUACGACUACAGCUGGUCACGUGGUAGAAUACAAGGUGGCGGUGAUAUCAACACCGCUUUGGGUCUACUUCCUGAUAAACUCAAGACAGAACUCGCUUUACACGUCAAUCUUGCGGUACUCAAGAAGGUUACCAUUUUUCAGGAAUGUCAACCAGAAUUUUUGCACGACCUCGUGUUAAAAAUGAAAGCCUACAUCUUCACACCCGGUGAUUCUAUAUGCCGUAAGGGUGAAGUAGCAAGAGAAAUGUUCAUAAUAGCUGACGGUAUACUCGAGGUAAUCAGCGAAACUGGAAGAGUUCUUACUACGAUGAAAGCUGGUGACUUUUUUGGUGAAAUAGGCAUACUCAAUCUCGACGGAUUAAAUAAGCGAACAGCUGACGUCCGUUCGGUUGGUUAUUCGGAAUUAUUCAGUUUAUCGCGCGAGGAUGUAUUAGCAGCAAUGAAAGAUUAUCCAGAAGCACAAGAAAUUUUACAAAAUCUCGGUAGGAAACGUUUGAUGGAAGCACAAAGGGUUGCUCGAGCAUCGAGACAACCAACCUCACCCGGCCACGAUUCGUCUGACAAUAGUACCGGUAAAAGAAUUGUCGACAAGUUAAAGAGCGACGUCAAAGUUUGGAAAAACGUUUUAAGAAAAAGUAGACGUAAUACUAGACCGGAUGAGAGUCUAGAAUUGCAACCAUUGACAUCUAAAACACCGUAUUGUUCAAUGAAAAGACAACGACAUAAGACGACGGAAGACGUGCAAGAACCAAUGAUAACAAAUACUAUGCAAGAACCACCUGUAUCACCACUGGGUGCUGGAUUACCUCUUUUAUCAAGACUGAAAUUACUCAAAGAGAAAGAAGAACGGGAGGAGAGACGUAAUCUAAUGGAGACACAAGUGCACGCGUCUGAACAACAACCACCGCCAACUGAAGCACUUGUCCCGACAAAUCCUAAUUUGUCGUUCACGCAAAGGGUACUCCUGUUAAAAGUUAGAAACGAACAAGAGGCACAAGCUCAAGCGGAAAAGGAAUCCACGAUUAAGGAACAACCAUUAUUAAUAUCGAAGAAUUCGAUUGUUACGGAAAAUAUUUCGGAUGACGUUACGAAAGAAACCCAACAACAGCAACAACAACAACAACAACAACAGCAACAGCAAAAGAUCGUCGAGAAAAUUUCUAUACCAAAAGUAUCAUCCUUAUUGGAUAAACGACAACCAACCCAAUCUUCUAAUAACGUUAUGGUUAUGCCCAAAAUUCCAACAGCCGUUACAUCGAUAGACAAUUUAUCAACAACUAAUAAUAUUGUUAUGUCAAAUGGUACUACCAACGUUAAAAAACCUUGGGCAAUGCUAAAAGAUGCUUCCUUGACUACUACUACUACAACAACCGCAACUUCUUUGAUGUCGUCUUCUACGUUAAAGGAUAAUUCCCCACAAAGAAGUUCACCAAUUAAGAAACCGCGAACCAAACAACAACAUAGUCUUGCACAUCUAAGACAACAAACUAAGAUGUACGCUUCCGUUGACGAUCUGUCUCCUGAAUAUUGUGGCCUACCGUUCGUUAAAAAGCUCAAAAUAUUAAACGAAAGGCAAAAACUUGCCGAACUCGAAAAGGCAGUGAGAAGUUCUAGCUUGGAUUGCGGCGAAAAUUCCGAUUACACUACUUUCGAUGGAAAUUUAACACGCAGCCAUUCCGAAGCCUGUGCUAUCGAAUACGUGAGAAAACUGGCAAAACUCAAUCAAGUAAGGGGUCAAAAGAGUCCAUCAACGCCGGCGGAACAAUUGUCCCCAGAAAACGAGACACUAGAGAGGCGAGAUUUAAAGAGCAUCUUAAAGAAACUCUCAGCGAGUAGUAGAACGGGUAGUUCGGAUACUUCAGCAACGAGUAUACCAGAUCGCGAAGCUGCUACUGCUGAAUUAAGACGAUUAAUGAGAGCACAAACUAUCGAGGGUUAUGCCGCUAGACAUACGAAAUUAUCUAAAAGUGUAACCUUUAAUAAAUAUACUUUACAAAGUCCGCCGUCCGAGCAAAGCCCCCCAGGAAGUUAUCCUCUCGGGGAUCAGUUGUCCGAAACUCAGGAACAGGCCUCGCUGUCACCGCCCAAUAAAAUAACUUUCCGUCCUCUUGGCAGUAGGGAUCUUCUGCAAAUGGCAACUAGAAAACGGGAGGAUGAAUAUCUUGGAGAAUUCGUGUCUGGUAUUAGAGAAGUUAUACAAACACGUUUGGAAGACAUACAAAGUAAAUUCGUCUCCCUGGAAUUAGAGAUUCACAAGAGGGACGAAAUAAUAUCCCAACUUCAAGGUAGGAUACAAGAAUUGGAAGAAAAUGAAAGAAGAAAAAAUGACGAGGCAAUGGGUAUGGGUAUUGGUGAUGACAGUACGGCUCACGAUACCUCAUUCGAGGAAGAUUUGGAUGACGAUAAUGAGAAUAAAGAUGAGGACGAUGACGAUGACAACAAUGAUGACGAUAACGAUGAAGAAGACGACGACGACGAUGACGAGGACGAAGACGACGAUGAUGACGACGAUGACGGAGAGGAUCAUCCAUUUAUGAGAGAUGGUUCGGUGGAUACAGUUUUAACGACUCGUUCUCGAGCUUAUGGACGACCUUCGCCGAACGGUGAAUCCAUGCACAAUAGAAAAUCUUGGGAAGAACAUUCCGAGGAAGAAACUUUAGAAUUACAGGAAUUACCGAGAUCUAUAGUUCCCCAAAGUUUGUGGAGAGACGAUGUAGUUAUAGAUUUGGAAUCCAAUAGCGAAAGUAGCAAAUCAGAAAAUGACGAAGGUGGUGAUGGUGAUGGUGGUGCACGUGGUGGUGAUGGUGGUAAUGGUGUUGCUCGAGCUGCUGCUAGCGAUACCGACGAUGAUGAUACCAAAAGUGAAUGUGCCAACGAUUGGGAAGCUACGAUGCUUGCCAAAGAGCUCGAGGCAAGACAGAGAAGUAGCGAAAAUGCUAGCCCUGGUUCCUAGCGCAUUAACGAGCUCCUAGAAGUAUUCUGUUAUUUAACGAAUACUAUGCGCACCCAAAAUUGGAGAAGUGCAACAGCGGCCGGUAGUGCAGCUUUUUGUGAAAACGAUUGCCCUUACUUGCAGUUAGACUUUGAUAGUUUGACUAGUCGUAGCGAGACUAUGAUGUAGUUCUCCUUGAUUCGAGUUCAAGGUUAAGAAUUAACGUGUAUCUGUGAGGAGAGGAAGAAAAAAGAAUUGAAGAAAGAGAGAGAGGAGAGAGAGAGAGAGAGAGAGAGGGAAGGGUUGGGGGGAGAAUUGCAGGAUAGUCGCUCGUUUUCUACAGAAAGGAUUCUAAUUUCAAAUGCGAAUCCAAAAGUACGUACAACUUUCGUGAACACACAAUGCCUCUUUAUUUUCUAUCCUUGAAUUAUGAAUUUCAAUCUUUUUUUACUUGUACGCGUGGUUUUUCUUCUUUC